AUGGUUCGGAAAUUUUGGGAGCAAGAGGAGACGGUUCACUCCCCUCUGCCUCUCACCGACGAAGAACAGGCGUGUGAGGACCACUACGUCCGCACGCACUCACGACUGCCCGACGGGCCCUACAUGGUGCGCCUCCCCUUCAAGAACGCACCGCCAAACCUGUCAGGGACACGACGCAUUGCUGUGCGCAUGCUGCAAAGCAUGGAGCGCAAGACGGACAACGAUCCGGAAUUACAUAAACUAUAUUCAGAAUUCAUGCAAGAGUACGAGGACCUUGGACAUAUGGCUCGGGUGCUGCCGGCUGCCGAAGAACUCGACGAGGCGCAGCGAUGCUACCUGCCACACCACGGGGUACUCAAGAAAACGAACGACACCGUCAAGAUACGUGUCGUGUUCAACGGAUCGGCACGACUAGGCUCCGGUGACUCACUCAACUCGCACCUUCUCACCGGGCCAAAUCUAUUGCCGGCACUAACGGACGUGCUGCUAAGAUGGAGACGACAUCGCUACGUAAUAAUAGCUGAUAUCCAAAAAAUGUAUCGCCAGAUCUCAAUGCACCCUAGCGAUAGAACAUAUCAACGGAUACUCUGGCGACUUAAAAACUCACCCGAGCUGCUAGAGAUGCUACUAACGACAGUCACCUACGGACUAGCGAGCUCGCCAUUCCAAGCAAUCCGAACGAUGCGACAACUCGCCAAGGACGAGCGACAUGCCUACCCUCGGGCAGCGUCCAUUCUGGAGGAGGAGACAUACGUCGACGACGUACUCUCCGGAGCGGACCCGAAGACGACGCAAGGGAUCUCGUCCACGAACUGA